AGUUUCUUUCUAUGUGCUUCCCCUCCCUUUUUGACAUAACAAAAGAAAGGUGAAAAAUGUUGUCCUUAAAAUUUAUGUUUGUUCUUGUUUUCAUUUUGCUAUCCAUAAAUGAUACUACCAUUGCUCAUACUACUACUACUACUCAUGAACAAGUUGAACAACAUACUGGUGUCGAUGAAGCUGGAAAUGGCAUUACCAACUUAGGAGAAAAGGAAGACAAUAAAAUGAGUAAAGAAGAUUACAAGAAUUCAGUUGCAACAAAGUGGGAGGGGAAAAAGAGAAAAUUGCAAGGCAAAUUGUCAAAUGUGAAGGUGAAUAGAGCAAGUUUAAUGGAGUUCAGUGAUGCUGAUUAUAGCAUGCCAGUAACACACCCUCCAAGGAAUAAUUGAGUCUCAGAUUAUACAUUGUGAUAUAAUACUCUAUAUUAUAUGCUUUAGUGAUGAAAAGGAUACAUAUAUACUUGUAUGCAUCCAAUAUAAUGGAAAAUUUAAGAUAAUUAGUCUAUAGAAUUUGAAUAUUUU